AAAAAAGUUUCUUCCAAAAUUUCGAGGCCCAAUAAAAAAUUUGGAUUUUAAUUACAGUAUCCAAGUUUUAUGCUAGGGUUUCGCUGGAGGGUGUAGCUCUUCUUCCUCUUCGUUUGUCGUCGUCUCCCAAUUCGUAUUCUACUUGAGGGUUGAACAGCUAGCGAAGCCCUCAAGAGAAGAAGAGCGUUUCAAGAUGAGGCCGAUCCUGAUGAAAGGCCAUGAACGGCCGUUGACGUUCCUGAGGUACAACAGAGACGGUGAUCUGCUCUUCUCCUGCGCCAAGGAUCACACUCCGACUCUCUGGUAUGCCGAUAACGGAGAACGCCUUGGAACCUACCGUGGCCACAAUGGUGCUGUUUGGUGUUGCCAUGUCUCCAGGGACUCGUCGACAUUGAUAACUGGUAGUGCUGAUCAGACUGCAAAGCUUUGGGAUGUGAAAUCUGGGAAACAGUUGUUCUCAUUCAAGUUCGGUUCUCCGGCGAGGUCUGUGGAUUUUUCCGUUGGAGAUAAGCUUGCAGUGAUCACUACUGAUCCCUUUAUGGAACGCACCUCUGCCAUUCAUGUGAAACGCAUCUCCGAGGAUCCAGAAGACCAGGUUGGUGAGUCUGUGCUUGUCAUUGAUAAUCCUGAAGGAAGGAAGAGGAUAAACAGAGCUGUUUGGGGACCCUUGAACCAAACCAUUGUUAGUGGUGGUGAAGAUGCCGUUAUCAGAAUCUGGGAUGCUGAGACUGGGAAAUUGCUCAAGGAAUCAAAUGAGGAAGUGGGUCACAAGAAGACCAUUACAUCGCUCUGCAAAGCUGAUGACGAUUCUCAUUUCCUCACUGGUUCACUUGACAAAACUGCAAAGGCAUGUUAUUUCUUCCUGUUCUUUCCCUUCUGUCUUUUGUACAUAUAUAGAGAGAAAUCUUCUGAUAAGAGUGUGAUCUUGUUUCAGCUGUGGGACAUGAGAACGCUGACUCUCAUUAAGACUUACACUACAGGGGUGCCCGUGAAUGCUGUCGCCAUGUCUCCACUUCUCAACCAUGUUGUGCUUGGAGGUGGUCAAGAUGCAUCUGCUGUGACUACGACUGAUCAUCGUGCUGGAAAGUUCGAAGCUAAAUUUUACGACAAGAUUCUGCAAGAGGAAAUUGGUGGUGUGAAAGGGCAUUUUGGACCUAUCAAUGCUUUGGCAUUCAACCCUGAUGGCAAGAGGUAA